CGGUGGUCCUGGGAACAGCAUCUUUUUCACCAGGAGCGUUUUUAAAUCAUUACAGGGAUAUUUUUUACAAGGCAGACUGAACAAGGGAUAUUUUAAGGAGCAACACGAGUAGUAGCUCCAUCUGACUGAUAAUAGAUUUAGUAAUUUUGUGUCUUCUGCUGGAACUGAUGAUGAAGACCGUUGGACGGUGGGUUCCGUUUUUCUUUGUACUUUGGGCAUCAUGGGAGACGGCUUUGUCUGUCACGCGUUAUUCCAUACCGGAGGAGAUGGAGCGCGGGUCCGUCGUUGCAAAUCUAGCCACUGAUUUAGGGCUGGAUGUUAGUGGACUAGCACAGCGAGAGGUAAAACUUGAUAUUUUCCAUAACAACAAAUAUCUUGAUAUUAAUAAAAGAACUGGCGAGCUAUUUAUUGUUAAUAAUAUUGAUAGGGAAACUCUGUGUCCUACGAAAACCACCACAUGUUUUCUAAAAUUAGACCUGAUAAUCGAAAGCCCAUUGCGUAUUUUCAAUAUUGAAUUGGGCAUCACAGACAUUAACGAUAAUGCUCCUCAUUUCCGGCGAGAUAAGAUUGAAUUGGAUAUCUCAGAGUCCGCAACACCGGGGGAAAGAUUUUCUUUGCCCAAUGCCUUUGAUCCAGACGUUGGUGCCAAUACAGUCAAUACCUAUAAAUUAAGUGAAAGUGAACAUUUCACUGUUGAUAUACAUUCUGGUAGUGACGGUACAAAAUAUGUCGAUUUGGUUCUUAUGAAGGCUUUAGAUAGGGAAGAGAUGGCUGUUCAUAAUCUGAUACUCACUGCCAUCGAUGGCGGAGUCCCUGCGCGCUCUGGCACAGCUAGUAUUAUUGUGCGCGUGCAAGAUACAAAUGACAACGCCCCUCAGUUUGAUCAAGCUGUUUAUUCUCUGAAUAUGAGCGAAAACUCUCCAGCCGGCACUGUUGUUGUUAAAUUAAACGCUACUGAUGCUGAUGAAGGCCCAAACGCUGACCUUACAUAUUCAUUUACGCUUUAUACUUCUGAGAAAACGCAGGAGAUGUUCUCGCUGAAUUCAAAAACUGGCGAAAUUGCAGUUAAGGGCACCAUUGAUUAUGAAGAUAUGAAAAUAUUUGAGAUGUUUCUUGAGGCUAAAGACAAUGGCCCCGUUCAACUCUCCGGUCAAUGCAGAGUGACUGUGUAUGUUAAGGAUAUGAACGAUAACUAUCCAGAGAUAACCAUAAAAUCUCUUAAGAAUACAGUGGAUGAAAACAUCCCAGUCGGCUCUGUUAUAGCUCUGGUGGGUGUCAGUGACAGAGACACGGGAGAUAACGGUAGGGUCAAUCUGACAAUGAACAAAUCCUUACCAUUUGUUUUAAACCAAACCUCUGAUUACCUCUAUGAGUUAUUGGUGUCAGAACCGUUAGAUCGUGAAAUUGUCCCAGAAUAUGAGAUCAUGUUGGUUGUGACGGAUAAAGGGAAUCCUCCCUUAUCUGAUAAUGAAACUAUAACGGUCCAUUUGCUAGAUGUCAAUGAUAACGCACCGCGGUUCCCGCAGACCUUCUACACGAUACCUGUUAUGGAGAAUAACGCACCUGGAGCUUUACUGAGCUCUUUAACUGCUAUAGACCCAGAUCUCCAUGAAAAUCAGUAUCUAGUUUACUUUAUCAUAGAGAAGGAAAUAGUGAACACCUCCAUGUCCAUGCUGUUCUCCAUUAACCCAGAGAACGGCAAUCUUUACGCGCUAAAGACGUUUGACUAUGAGAUAGAGAAAGAGUUUCUUUUCCACAUCGAGGCCAGAGACUCUGGUGUUCCUCCGCUCAGCAGUAACGUGACCGUUCACAUUAUUAUCAUGGAUCAGAACGACAACACGCCGCUUAUAGUGUCUCCAUGGCGCGCGCACGGCUCGGUGGUGGAGGAAAAGAUCCCGAGAUCCACCGAUAAAGGGACUCUGAUAGCCAAAGUCAUCGCCAUAGACUCUGAUUCAGUGCACAACUCUCGAAUCACGUACCAGUUUCUCCACAACACUGACGCCACAUUAUUCAGCUUGGAUCAAUAUAACGGAGAGAUCCGGACCAUGAGGAUGUUCAGUUACAGAGACUCGCGCCACCAGCAGCUGGUUGUGAUCGCCAAGGACAACGGAGAGCCCGCGCUCUCUGCUACAGUCACCAUCAAACUGUCCACGGUGGAGACCGCCCUUAACACCCGAUUCGAACGUUAUCACUCGAUUGAAUGGGGCGUUAUCAGCAGUUAUCAGCCCAUAGAAAUGGGCCAGGAGGGGCCUCCUGUGCCUACUAGUAGGCUCAGAAGGCCGUGAUCAUCCAUCCAAAUGGUUGAUCACCCACAAAUAUACAAGAGAAGACUCCAGAUCCAAUCCCAGAAUUCCUGCUCACCGGUAAUCGGAAGUCUACUGGACGAAUGCGGGAACGUUGCGAUAUUUCCUGCUUAAUAUUUUCAGAUAUGGGAAAAGCACUUAAGAUGAGCACACGUUUCAGGAACGUUAAAAUUAAGUUGGUGAGGAGGUCUAUGGUGGGCCCUGCAAGUUUUCUUACCUCAGUCAAGGUCUUCCUCAGCCCAGCUACAAACAGAGCUACCCUUCAGACGCUUCUAUUACAUCUCAACCUGCUGAACCUGAUGAUGCGACACCAAGCUGUUCUGAGAGCGCAUACAGUAAGGCAAAGAAGAGAGAGCUUCAUGCCUGGGAUGCAGUCAAGGAUGAGAUGCUUAAGGUGACGUUUGAAUGUUCAGCACAGAUCACUACCCAGUGUGCUGUCUGCUGAGAACAUGCUGAUUAUAGGUGCAUUGAGUGCAGCUCCACUGCAGUGUUCUGUGAGGUUUGCCUGAAGAGGAUUCACAGAAAUUUACUGCAUCUUCCUGAAAAGUGGAAUGUAAGAACAAUAGCAUACAGUCUUACAUUGCUAUUGCUAUACUUGCAUACAGACAGCAAACUCACAAGUGUUUACUAUGAGCCAUCCUCCCUGGGGUUAUUCCUAUAUUUACCUGAAGCCCAUGGCACCCAUGCUGUUUACACAAAGGACAUGAAGAUCAUUGUCAGCACAGGACGGUUCUGCACCGUUACAGUCAACAUGUGUGCGUGUGAACCAGAAACCUGUACUCUGCUAAGAUAUGGGCUCUGAUUAGACAGCCUUCUCCAUCCCUCUGCUAGAGCUUUCUGUUUCUCUGUCACUGGAGUGUCAGGUUUCUGUUGAGGGUUUUUCGCAACACCCCAUAUCCCAUUUUAGGCAUCACCACUUCCGACAAAGAAGUUUGGUUGAUAUUUGCCCACAAUUAAAUGAUGGCACCAUAUGCCCAGCAUGUCCAAAGGCGGAUGGAGAUAUGAUUGUCACAUUGGAUGCCAACUUUGGCCUUGUGAGGAAUCAAAGCUCUGGGACAAGUGCAGUUGAUCCAUUACACGGAACCCGCGUGUUUGUUAAUGAAAAGGAUGUAGAGGAAUACCUGCUAUCACAUCUUGACAGCUCAAAGCCUCGAGGUUAAUCAUUGUUGCAGAAUUUCAAUCGAGUCCAUGAAAUAUUAAUUAAACUUGUGAAAAAAGAUCACUAUUCCUCUCAUAAAUCUAUGUUUUCCUUAAAUAUUUAGGACUGCAGUAAGCUGCUCUCAUUCAAGGUAUUAUAAUAUUAUAUAAUAUAAUUACUUUACUGCGUUACUUGUGCAGACAUGUUGUUUUACUAGGUCUGAUCUAUUUUAAAGCUUAGGCACUGUAUUUAAGCAUACAUAUACACCACUAGUCUGUCUGUAUGAGUACAAAAUUAAAAAAUAAACUGUCUAUAAUUGUUACUGUACAAGCACAGUAAAAUAUUUAUAUAAAAAAUAUUGCACUACUGUUAUUUUGCAUAGAAUACAUUGUUCAACAAUAUUUUUGCACACUCAUCCAACUGCAUUUAUUACCACUGUUCUCACGUUCCUGCUCUUCAUAAUGUUUAUAUAAUCCUUCAUUGCUCUGUUCAUAAUGUACAUACAAUCCCUACAUUGCAUUCAUAUUUAUAUUCUGUAUAUACUCUGAUCAAUAUUGUAUAUAGCAACUCCACUGUACAUUCUGUAUAUCAUAGCUUUACUUACUCAGCACUUUUAUGUAUAUAAAACACUAUAUUCUUGCACUUCUGGUUAGAUGCUAACUGCAUUUCAUUAGCUCUGUACUGUACUCUGCAUAAUGACAAUAAAGUUGAAUCUAAUCUAAUCUAAAAAAAAAAAUUGUGUUUACCAUAAUGUAAUAUGUUAUUUACUGUAAUGUACAAAUGUGUGGGAGGUGUUUUGUUUUUUGUGAGCUCACCAUCAAAAUCCCCUUCGACUGAGUUGAAAUGAAAAUAAAUUAUUGGAUCUUGAAUCCUCUGAAGCAA